AUGUUAAUUCUCUUCACCAAGAUAUGGAAACGGUUCAAUCACCAGGAACACAAAGUUAUCAUGAUUGGGUUGAAUAAUGCAGGGAAAGCUACCAUCUUUUACCAAUUUUGUAUGAAUGAAGUACAUACAUCCCCUACCAUAGGAAGUCAUGUAAAAGAGAUAGUAAUUAAUAACACGUUCUUCCUGGUGUGGGAUAUUAAUGGCCAAGAAUCUCUUCACUCUUCCUGGAAUACUUACUGUACUAAUACAGAGUUUGUAAUAGUUGUUGUGGACAGUACAGACAGAGAAUUUCUAUAAUUAAAGAAUCUACAAACUCAUGAGUACCUAAGAAAAGCUGGACUGCUGAUUUUUGCUAAUAAACAAGAUAUUAAAGAGUGCAUGACUGUAGCAGAAAUCUCCCAGUUCUUGAAGUUCACUUCUAUUAAAAAUUACCAGUGGCACAUCCAGGCCUGCUGUGCUCUUGCAGGUGAAGGAUUAUGCCAAGGGCUUGAAUGGAUGAUGUCAUGAUUUAAUAUUAGAUCUCUACUGAU